AUGCAAGAUAGGUUUAGGGGUAGAAAGUCCUUUCCCACACAAAAUGUGCUAGCAGCCGUUGAUUUUGACCUAAGAUUUACAUAUGUUCUUGCUGGAUGGGAGGGAUCGGCUCAUGAUUCUUAUGUGCUCCAAGAUGCCCUAUCACGUCCCAAUGGCCUUAAAAUACCAGAAGGUAAAUAUUUCCUAGCGGAUGCGGGAUAUGCUGCAAGACCCGGUAUACUACCCCCAUAUCGUGGUGUCCGAUAUCACCUAAAGGAAUAUAGGGGAAGUAGAGAGCCUGAGAACCCAAGGGAGUUAUUCAACCAUCGCCAUUCCUCACUUAGAACAACCGUCGAAAGAGCAUUUGGUACCUUGAAGAAUCGAUUUAAAAUAUUUGCAAGUCAGCCAUUCUUCCCUCUAAAAACACAAGUAAAAAUUGUGUUUGCUUGUUGUGCGCUCCAUAACUGGAUCCUAGAUGCUGGUCCUGAUGAGUAUGUCUAUGAUGAUGCUACUUGGUUCCAUUCAGUCUGUUUGAAACUAGAGUUCUGCCUUGUUUCUAUGUAUCAAACAUGA